UUUCUCUUGCCUGCAGCCGCAGCGACAACACCAGCGAUUUUUUAGCGACUCCCCAUUGUAUUGCGAAUGUUUUUAUGAACGUAAAGUUUUAAUAGCACCUGCCGUGACUUCGCGCAGCCCCAGCUACGUGGGAGGUAUGGUCUCGAAUUUUCCCAACUCCACCAACCCCGACGACAGCGUCAGAAAUAGUAUUUAGUCAGCGAAAAUGCAGUGGGCCUCUCUUCGAGAGGAGCGCGUUUGCGACUUCCCGCGCGGAGCGGCGGGCCCGUAUAAUGGGCGUGCAGUUUCCUCCAGGCAGCUUGUCCUGCCACGCGGUGCGAACGAGCGGAUUCUGUCGCCAGCCAGAGGUAUUGAUGUGGACCUACUUCUGAUAGAUUCUAACGAGGCACUAAGUGAGAUCUUGGUCGCGAAUUUGAUGAUGUGCCGCUCAAGCAAGGUUUUUUCAUUUUCUCACAAUAAAUGUAAUCCUUCGCUAAACUGAUGAAUUUCAGCCUUCGAAGCCGGCCUUCUGAUCGACGCUGGAAGUGGGUGUUACGCAGUGAGGUACGAGGGUACCACAGUUUGUCAAGAGGGUUUCGAAGUAGACGCUAUCGAGGACCCGUUUCUGGAAGUGUACGAUGUUAGUCCGGACGUCCGAAACCCCGGCAGCUACGUGCCGGGCACGGUGGUUUGGCGCAUUGCCCUCCCCGACCCGCUGGCCACCGUGAAUAACCGCAGCGACCAAAGCAUUCACUACGCGAUAGCAACCACCGGGGACGCGCUCUAUUUGUACGUGCUUUUGACGACGUGCGUCGUUUACAAAAUCCGGCUCACGCAGUCCCAGAGCCCGGGCUUCGAGCUGCAGCUGGUCAACGCCAUGGAAAUCGCCCAGCAGGACGCGUACAACGGGUUUCAGUCCUUUUCCGUGGCUGGCCCGAGCUGCGUGGUGUUCGGCACACUGGAGGGCUUGCGGGUUUGCAAGUUUGCGGAAGAUGUGCUCCUGAGCGAGAUGGACCAACAAUUGAGAUCAUACACUGCAUCCGGUGCGCAGUUGGCGCUGACGGACGGGGGGAACGAAGAUGCAGCCAUGAAUACAGGUUCUUCUGACAACGAAGAUCAUGUGCUUGUCCCGCGGCUGCCGAACGCGCCGCAGCACGACUUCCUGUGGUGCGAGGACAACAGGAAAGCGCAGAACCGGUUGACCAAGUUCGUCGGGUCAAUUUUUUCCUCCUCCGCUCCGUCGCAAAAACCGCCUGACAGGAGUGUGCUCUUGACGCACACAUACGACACGGAUACUGAAGAAGUACUUGUGUACUCGGCGGACAACAUUUUGCGCUUGGUGUCAACAAAGAGCGACGGUACUAGGGGCGACCCUGAGCAUGUUCGGGUUCUUGCGGAGUGCACGGUCGACGAAGCUUUGAAUGGGGAAGACCAGUUCUCGCUCCGCGUCGCGUCUCACAAGCACGCCCGCAAAGUCGUGAUCGGCGCCAAGCAGCUGUUUCUGUUCGAGGUCCGGGAAGCGCAUGAAAUGGUAAAUCAUCGGUCUGGGAACACGAAUUUGGCCAAGGUUUUACGGGCCAGGAGGGAAAUCGUCACCACGCACACGGACCUGCUGCCAUCCCACAUCGCGCUCACGGAAACCUCGCUCUAUGUUUGCUACACGCUGCUCGGAGAUAGGACGGUAUUUCUUACGUUUCUUGUAGCUUUUUUUUGUAAGAAUUAGUGAGGCCUUUGCUGCUUUCAAACUGUUAUUUGUGUCCACCUUAUUUGAUAUUGGGGAUCGGCCUCCUCCUAAAUCAGAAAAUGAUACACGACUUGCAGGACGAGAUUCUUCAUGUAGACGCUUUUCCGGUGCAGGACCACGUAGACCUCGAGGACAGCGACGUUGUACACCCGGUCCGGUCCUGGACCCACUCGGACGACGCCGAUUUCCGGGAGGAGGCGGAAGCCGUUGCCUACGCCGAAUCGCCCGCGUUCCAGCAGUUCUUCGAGCAAGUGACUUCAUUCCAAAGUGGUAACGAACCCGCGCAGCUGGCCGUGGGGGCGUCUGCGACCGAGUUCGUGCAGUUGUGGUGGGCGAGAAGAAUUCUGAAACGAAAUCGCUUUACCAGAAGCACGGUCGCGGAAGUGCUCCGGGACAUGAAGUACGAGUCAAGCCGAGGGUUCAGCACCGGGAGCAUGUCACCACCGGUACAGUGAUGUGGUUAUGUGUCUUACAACGUGAAUGAAAGCGAUCAUAGUGAAGUGAGUAUGCAUUGAUUCCGGCAUGAAGCAACUUUCCAACAAAUGCAUUUCAGGUGGACGACUUUUCGUACGAUGGUGGUCUCUCCCUCACCGCUGAGUCACUGGCUGCGUCCCUGCGACGCCUGCAAGAAAACUCGCGACAAGGGCAGCUGACGUUCUCCGAGGUUGCUUUUGAGUUCAUCGAGAAGUGCCGGGAUUACGAGCGGAGCGGAAACACUACCCUCUCACUGACUCGUGUCCGCGCUUACAGGAGGGAGUGCGGGCAACACCACCGACUCCAGACGCAUUUUGAGCCUGUGGCUCGGCUGACAGCAGCAGGCGUCUCGUUGUUGCGGCCCGUCGCGGACGAAGCGCUGCAGCAAGUCUGGACCACUUGCUCCACUUUCACGGCGCUUGGCGACAAGAAAUUCUACGCGUGCGAGGACGGCACACGUAUGGGCGAUUUGUCUCCCGGGGAAAUGACCGGGGAGCGGGUGAGUCCCUGCUUGGUGCGCAUGCUUCGGGCGGCGUUUGAACUCGCAGCAUUCCUCAGGAAGCCGGAAACGCAGCCGGCGCUGGGCCUGCAGUUGUCCACAAUAGCGUGCCUGCGACCGCAGUACCUGGGGUCAUUCCUCCAAGGGCUAAGGGACACGAAUCUUCCCGAAGCAGCAGCAGCGGCCGUGAAAAAAUCACUGGAAGGUAUUUGACCACUUCGAAAAAGAGCCACUUCAUGUUCAUUCCCACUUGCAAGUAGAUAUGAUGAGCUACAUGGUGUUUUAAUGUCUGGACUUCAGAGUGCCUCCAAAGGGAACAAUGAAGAGCCAACACAUAAAAGUAGAUAGGGAUAGCUGAAACUGCGAAUUCACGACUGUACUAGUACCUUGUGUAGUCAAGAACGUCGAACGAAGUGAUGAACCACCUGUGAAUAUGUCUGGACUUCUGAGCCUGUUUGGCACUGAAGAGACAGCACAUAAAUUGUAGAUAGGGAUAGCUGAUAUUUCUUGCUAGGCACGUAAUACAGAAACAUGUACACGCUCCUCUCCCUCGCUUUGUCGCGGUUUUGCGUCCGACAGGAUGAAUAUGCAUCGUCCUGAACGAAACUACUUUACGGUGCAACAUUAACUAUACAGAAAUCGGCAACGUCGAAGAAGCCUGUGGGGAGUUACUUCGUCUGCUGCACCAGUCUGCAAACAAUCCCGCUGUGCCCCAACCAGGGAACGCGACACGGCUACUCCCGCUGCGCCAGAAUCCUCCGAUGUCUUUUGCCCUGGGCGAGUGGCUGCAGGGGAGCAUCGCGACCGCGGAGUUGGAAGUGACGACGGACCUGAUGACCAGUGUCCUUUUGUGGAUGUACUACCACCAGUUCCCUUCUAUCGGCGGCAUGCAUCUCGAAGAUGACGACAAUUUGAUGGGGGGCGACCAGGCAGCAGCGAGGGUGCGGCAAUACUUGGAGCAGCAAGCCCCGUUCCAGCAGACGGUACAGCACUGCCUGGCCGAGCAGAGCGGAGCGACUCCGCCGGCACAGAUGGGGAAGCCGUUCACGCUUCUCGAUGAGUUUCUCUCGCUGAAGCAUCUGCAAGCCGGGGCGACGGAUAUAAUCAUGUAUGGAAACAAGAACAGCAACAGUCCCAGCAGGAGCCGGCCGUCAAAUAGAGCUCAGCGGCCCAUCUUCCAAAGAUCGCCGCCGGGGUGUGGCUACGAAAGUCUGAACGCUGGCGUCUUACUAGCUCGCGCGGCGGUAAGCGCGGUGAAGACGUCGGUGCGAAGUGAGGGGGCGCAGGCACAGACGAGGUCGCUGUUUGACCAAAUUGUGAACUACACGAGCACUCUGCCGCUGCCACCAGACGCCCCGCGCGUGCCCUCCUCCUACUUCCAGGGCCGCGCCGUGCUCGAGGGUGCUGUCGCGGUGGGUGCGGACGAUGCUUUGGAGCUGGAAACGGCCGCGAGCGGCUUGUUUCAGACCGACGCGGAGAGCGGUUGCGUACAUAACAACGGCAUGUGGGCGGCAGUUCAGCAGGAGAAUCCGAGCUGGGAGGCUUUGCUGGAGAGAACCGACAAAUUGCUGAUAGAAACAACUUCCUCGACCGCAACGAGUCCCGCCUUUGCUCCCGUCACCCCCUUGUUAAAUUAUUUUCUCCACGUCGCACAACUUUUUCUUGACUGCAACGAAAUCCUGCACGCUUUGGAUUUCAUCACGAAGGCCGCAGAGCAAGCCGAGGACUGUUGCGAACAGGCGUUUCACGACGCCGCGGCGCAGCUCCAGAAUAGUGCGGACGGGGAUCAAGAAGAUGAAGAAGCAAAGCAGCACCGGGCGGCGGCCUCAGCCUCCGUGCUCGACGCGCUGGAAACCCUCGCGGGCCAGUGGUCCCUGCUUCCGUUCGACUUCACGCUCGAAUACGGUUUAUGGCAGGACGCGUUCUCCGUGUUGAUCCGGCGCAAAAACACUUCCGAGUCCCCGGAAAACGCGAAGCUGGCGGAAAAACUUGCGCUCUCCCUGAUGAACAAGGGCGCUUUGGAUUAUUUGAUCGAGUGGCUUCCCGACAUGCCGGACUUCUACCAGGACGUGAUUGAGAAGGUUCUCAUACGCCACGAGCAGCACGACAUCCUGUACACGCUCUACCUCUCGCAGGGACGGUAUCUGCAGGCCGCGUACGAGGCAUUAACGUACAUCCAAGCGCUGGAGAGAGAGGCAACCGAGAAUCUGGUCAACGUCGCGCAAGAAGAACUGGACGUCGAAGACGUGAUGAGUCCGACGGUGUUGGGUUUCGAAGGGGACGAGAACACCCGAGCAGGGUCGCUUGGUCUGCUCGAGCAAGGAGCAAAUUCGGUUCCAGCGCAGAAUCUCGGUCUCGGGCGACCGUUAGUUUACACGGAGUUCAUGGGCACUUUCGCAACGUCCGAUUCCAGAAUAGCAGCGAAGAUGAUGCAGCAUAAUUCAUCCACGAAGAACCCGCAACAUGAUGCAGAUCUUGUUGCCAAAGCGCGGCUGCUCGACAGGUUUUUGCGCGGCGCUGUGCCGGCGGAUUUGCUGAAACAGCAGCAAAGGUCCAUUUCCCGUGCGCUCAUCGUGCUUCCGGAGUCUGGCUACGCACACGUGGACGUAUCCCAAAGAACCGACGCGAAAGCACGUGUUCAGCACGGGUCAAAGGAGAAACGCGACGAAGCGUUACUCGCGGAAAUCGUAGGUAGUGCUACCAUUUCAUCACCCGAACAACAACCCCUGUCGGAAGAGCAACAGCACGAGUUUGAGGAGAUAAAACUCACCGAAGACGUGAAAAUACUCUUCGACGAGGCGGAAAAACAGGCGGCUGAGACAGUGGUUACGGCGAAGGACUUGCACCGGUGGCGUUUGGUGCUAAAAGCGCGGCACUUCUUCGCGACCUGCCCGCUGCCUACUGUUGGGUACGAUCAAGAGUUAGACGCGCAAGUCAUCGAGGAAAUCCAGAGCACGAGGGAGUUGAGACAAGACACGCACAGCUCCUUUUCCUCCGUCCUACCGCUUCUGCACGAUCCGCGGUAUUUGAGCGUGAAGCUCGCGCAGCAGGGCCUGGGAGUUGACGCGGUCAAGCUUUGCAAAAAGUUCGACGGAGUGGACAUUUUCAAGUUCGCAAUCAAACCUUUCUUGACCGUGGUGGUCCGGUGCGAGCGAGCGGAAAAGAGCCUGGUGACGACAAAACGAUUCUUCUCGCAGCGAAGCCAAAACGACCAGCGGGUAAAACAGCAAGGACCGGACAAUCUGACCGAGUUACUAGUGAAGCAGAACCGCGCGCGGGGCUGCUUGAGCGGUAUGUUCCUGCACCACGAUGGGCUGCAGUCCACGAAGCCGGCGACCCUGCAGAAGCACGGCGUGCUGAACCACAUGAAAUACACAACGAAAGCGCUGUGGCGGACAGCAGAGCAGCUGAUCGUCAGCACCGGCACGGCGCUGGAAGCGUCGGACUACCUCGUUUCCAUCGGGGUGUACCCCUUGCCAGCGACGAUCAUGCAGUUCUUCCUGAAGUCCGAAUACCAGAAAGAUGUCAACCGCGCACCGGGCAUGUUUUCCGAAGUGGAAAGAGAUCAAUUCUUCAGCGCCGACGCCAAGUCGCCCAGGAAAGUCCUGCAACUGGGCGAAAACAAAAUGACGCUGGGAGGAGGUGGGAGCUCUGGUUCCGCUGCGCCGUUUGUGGAUGGACAAGAGGAGAAAACUGGCGACUUGACGAGCAUGGAAGUAGAAGGAGACGAGGACGAAGUCGAUGCAACAGCCCGUUGGACCGACUUGCUCCGCAUAUUCCUCUACUACCAGCGAUACGACGGAGUUCUGGAGCUGCUCGAAAAGAAGGUGAGUACCUAAGUAGAUUUUAGCAAGCAGUUUUUCAUCGAUUCUCUAUCUUAUCACAUUGUUCGUUGCUUUGUGCUUGCAUUGCUCGACGCACGAUGCGCUGAUCGAAACGCUGACACUUUUAUCUCCCAUCUUCGAUGAACAACAGGUUGAAAGGCGAGGCAUCGCAGGCUUAGACGACGCGGAGUCGGUUCCAGUCGAUUUGAUUUUGCAGUGCAAACGCUCGCUGCAGCAACUCGUUGUGGACCAGGAUACGACUCACCGCUUGGAAGACAUCCAGGACUACAUCGAGAGAUUGGAUACCAUCCUUGCGGAUUUCAGGACCGACUGAGGGUGGACCAUAUUGCCUCCGUUGUAGAAACUGCGCAAGUUCCUCCAGCCCUGCACUUCUUCGCAUAAGAUUUGGGUGGUUGUAGUAUCAUGUAUACAAAAAGAACAAAAACGACAAAAGGAAAGAAAGUACUAGAAUCAAGGGACGAAGACGCGUCGUCCUUGCUCACUCAGGCGAGUCAUUCCAAGAUUUUUUCCCGUCGCAGGAUAAUUGUUCUCGUCGUCUGCCCGAAUUAAGGAAAUAGCAUACAUCAGGAAGAAAAUCCUUGGUUUUGACUGUACCUUGUAACGCAAUGUUCGGG